GGGGGAGGGGCAAAGGAUGAAGCGAUAAGAUCGAGUAAUAACAUCCAUCAAUCACGGGGUCUUAUCGAUUAAAGGCCCCUCCGAUUUCCUCCCCGCAAAUCGAACUUCCAAGAAACAAACUAUUUAAACAACCUUCGCAGCCCAAGGUGAGUCUGUACAGUUCUUCUACAGGCCUGUCUCUGUUCUACUCUUGAAUAGCAAUCAGUUGGGCACCACCCGGUUCAAUCUCAGUUUAUCUAUCUUGCAACUACCCGCAUAUCAACAAACAUGGCCCACCCCACCGACUCCGAUAAGGUCACUUUCGUCCCUUCGGGAGAGAUUGACAAGGUCUUCGCGCACACGACCAAUCUAGCUUCCGCCGCCCUUAACAGCAAGGUUCUUUCUUGCUCCAAUGACUUCUUCGCCGAAGCUUCGAAUCUCCUUACCCCUACUCCCCCCAUCAACCGGCCCGGCGUUUUUGUCCACACGGGCGCCUGGUAUGACGGCUGGGAAACCCGCCGCCACAACCCCGAACCCUACGACUGGGUCGUGAUCAAACUUGGGGUCUCCAGUGCAGCAAUCCAAGGUGUCGAGGUCGACACAGGCUUCUUUGUGGGUAACUACGGCGAAAAGGCCGAAUUGCAGGGGACAUAUGCUCCGGCCGACAGCGGUGUCACAGAUGCCGAGAUCGCAGACCCCAAAUACACCGGUUGGACAACUAUUCUUCCGCCUCAGCCCCAGGGCCCCAAACAGCGCCGCGCCUGGAAGCUGAACGACUACGACGCCGCCAACCCCAAGCCCUACACCCAUGUGCGGCUGUUGAUGUAUCCUGACGGCGGGUUUGGCCGACUCCGUGUCUACGGACAUGCCAUCCCUGCCGUUCUGCCCCAGUCAGUCGCCAGCGCACAGCUCCCUGUCGAGGAACUGUCCUCUGCUCUGGUUGGUGGCUUAGCCCUCGGUGCCUCCGAUCAACAUUUCACUCCUUGCUCAAACCUGUUGCUCCCCGGACGUGGUAAGGACAUGGGAGAUGGCUGGGAAACGGCGCGGUCGCGUGGCCCUGGCCAUGUUGACUGGGCCAUCAUGAAGUUGGGCUUGCCCGGGUCUGUCAGCAAGAUUGUGGUGGAUACUAAGGAUUUCCGCGGGAACUUCCCCCGCGCCGUGAGAGUUCACGGUCUAGUUGCUGGAAGUAUAUCGGAAGGAGAAAUUCCUGCCCAUGACCACCCUGGCUGGGUCGAACUGAUCAAGGGCGAUCAACCCUGCCAGGCGGAUAUGGAGCACGUGUUCGAGGGUGUCAGCCUUACUUCUGGGGGUGAGGACACCCGGACAUUCACACACGCCAAACUGACCCUCGUGCCCGAUGGUGGAGUCAAGCGUUUUCGUGUCUUUGGAAGGAGAGACGUUGCUGCCAAUGCAGCUCGUCGCCAUUAAUGACUGCAAAGCAAGUGACCUGGCAUGAAUUGGUCGGUGACCAGGGUGGAAGCCGGAAAGGAUUUUUUGUACCAUUAUUUAAUUUGCUUCUGCCAUACAUAGUCCUUGACACUUUUUAUGACAAUAAAACAGGUAUGUGAUGA